AUGUCAAGUAGUUUUCAUAGAAAACAAGUUCAGACAACUAAUAUUCCACGAGCACAAGGUGGAAGACUUAAAAAUUGGAAAUGUACAUAUCCAGGAUGUAAUGAACCAGCCAAAACAAGAUAUAAUUGUUAUUCACAUAUAUGGGAUACACAUUUAAGGUAUAAACAAUCAGAAAGAAGAAAUGAAUUAGCAUCAUGUUACAAGGAUAUUAAAAAUAAAGAAACAAUAAAAAUUAUGUGUGACAAAUAUAUGUCAAAAUUAGUUGAAGUUCCAUAUCCAUUUGAGUUUGAAAUGAAAAUAUCAAAUAAAUCUGAAUUAUCAGUUAUUGAAGAACAAAUGCCAAAUGGUUUCUUUAAUCAAAAUAAUGAUGUUAGUAUUAUUAUGAAUGAAUCUUAUCCAAUAAAAUGUCAAGAAAUUCCAAUUAAAGAAAAAGAUAAAGAAGAAGAUAUUAAUGAACAAAACUUUAUUGAAAUUAUUCAAAUGAGUCAAGCAUUAAAACAACUUCAUGUAAUUGGGGAAAUAUUUGCUGAGAAUGGAUUUUUAACAAGAUCAGAUCAAAGAACAAAGACUGAUAUUGCUAAUCUUAACAAUUCAUUAGAUCUUAUUAUGCAAUUAAGAGGAGUUACUUUUAAAUAUAAAGGAACUGAAGAACGAAAAUAUGGAUUUAUUGCACAAGAAUUAAAACAAGUCAUACCAGAUCUUGUUCGUGAAGAUGAAAAAGGAUUAUAUAUUGAUACACAAGGUAUUUUACCAAUAUUAGUUGAAUCUCUUAAAGAAUUAAAUCAAAAUGUAGAAGAAUAUAAAAAUCAAAAUAAUGAAAUAUUAGAACUUCAAGAACGAGUUGAUAAAGCAAUGGACCAUUUAUAUAAAUUAAAAACAGAAAAUGAUAAUCAAAAUAAAAAGUUAGAAAAACAAACACAAAUAAAAGAAAUUAAUAAAAAGAAAAAAGAAAAUCCAAUAUGGUACAAAAUUAGGACAUUAUUAGGUCCACCACCAUUUAUUCUUUUUGCAUGUCUUUUUUCAACAUUUUUUAUAAUAGUUAUUCCAAUUAUCUUUAGAUCAUUUUAUUUCCUUAUUGCAUUCUUUGGAUCAUUAACUAUUAUUUUAUGGUUUGUUGUAGCAUUAAAUUGGAAAGAUAUUAAAAUCUUUUUAAAAGAAGGAAAAUCAUUUAUUCCAUCACUUAUUGGUUGGAAAAUUCAUCAAUAUGUUGUUUGGUUUAUUUUAUUUUCGUUAUUUAUUGAUUGUGCAAUAAGUAAUAUGGUUAUUGGACAAUACGUAUUUAUUUUUGUUGGAUUAUAUAGUCUUGCAGCAUUUUUAACAUUAUCAUUUACUAUGUUUAUCAGUAAUAAUGCUCCAAGUUGUGUUCCAAUUCAAUUUUUACUAAUUCCAUUAGUUUUAGUUCAAGCAGUAGGAAUUGCAUUAUUAGUAUUAUCAAUAGUUUAUCAACCAUUUAAUGAAAAUUUAGAAAUGAAUAAACCACUCCCAACUUAUGACCUUGUUAUAACUGAAAAUACUUACAUUGAUUUACCAUUACUUCCUGUAUCAUGGAAUUGUUUUAAUUCAAAAUUUAGAUAUGAACCAGAAUUACCAGAUGGAAUUUCAUUAAAUUAUGAUAAAAUAGGAAAUUUACCAAGGAUUAGUGGAAUUGUUAAAUCUAUUGAUUAUAAUAAUCAAAGUACAAUAGAAAUUAAUAUUGAUGCAAUAUGUAGUGGAUAUAUUGUAAUUAAAUAUCCAAAAGUUAUUUUACAUAAUUGUGCUAAAGAAUUAGAUAUUUCUCAUUGUAUAGAUCCAAAAUGUUCUUAUUGUAAUGUAACAUCAAAUUCAUCAUUAAAUCGUUGUUUUCCAUGUACUUUAUUAGCAAGUCAAUUAUGUCAAAAAGAUAAUGGAAUUUCUUCUUGUUCAAUAAAAUAUUAA